UUUAACUGAACUAAGGCAUUCGCUUUGAAUUUGAUUUUAUAUAUAAGUAAAUUAUGAUGCUAAAUCCUGCUGAUCAGUUGUUCAGCUGUGGCUUUGAGGUCUUUGGCGAAGUGCAGGGCGUGAAGCUGCGCAAGGCGACGCGUGCUCUGGCCACAUCGAAUGGCGUGCGCGGCUGGGUGAUGAACACGGAUCGUGGCACGGUGACGGGAGAGCUGGAGGGCACGCUGCCAAAGGUGAAUGAGCUCAAGUUCUGGCUACUGUGCUUUGGCAGUGAGAACGCGGUCAUUGAGCGGGCCGACUUCACGCCCACCAAAGAAAUAGCUGCGCACAAUUUCGAAAGCUUCACCAUACGCUAUCACCCCGAUCGCAUACAUAAAGUCUGAGGUUCGUUUGGAGUUUGUUGUGCUGCUUGCCGCUUGUUCAAAUUAAAUUCAAUAUUUCGAUCUUAAGCCUACCAAACU